AUGGCAUCCGACACGUUCAAGGUGAAGAAGCCGGUGGCAGCCCCGGGGCUGCAGAGCAGAUGGGUGACGUGGAUAGCGGUGGUGGCGGUGUUCUGGGCGCUACCGUUCGCGUUCAUGCUCGGCCGGGGCGAUAUCGGGCUCGCGGGGCGGUACUCCCAGAGUGCGGUGACGCACGUCCAUCGGCAAGCAAUGCAGGGCGAGGAGGAGGCAACGGAUCGCAAGAACGUCGCCCUGGAGGCGGUCAAGGACCCAGACGAGCCCCCCGAGAAGCAGAUGUGGCUGGGCCGGGAGGACCUGGACGACCAGAUCGAGGAGCGCGCCAAGGAGAUCAUGGAGAAGGGAAUCGAGGGAUACUAUCUUUCGGGUCAACGCAAGAACCCCUGCUGGUUCCUCCAGCUCGUCCUCGACGACAUGAACCGCGACACCGGCGUCGUCGCCAUGUCCUCGCCAUUCGAGGACGCCUUCUACGACCGCGCCAUGUGCACAGGCUUCUGGUGGGAGCUCAAGAAGCGCGGCGUGAUCAUGAUCGGCGUGUCAUCCUACGAGGAGUGGCCGGGCGAGAUCGUCAACCCCUACGACUCGCGGUUCGUGCGCGAGGACCUCUGGGAGGUCGCGUCCGCCAUGGAGGGCUGGCUGCACAUGUUCCGGCCGGAGCUGAAGCCGUGGCUGCCGCAGGGUGUGCCGCGGAUCCUGAUGUCCGAGUCCGACUUCGUGCACUCGGAGUGGGACGGGCUGCGGCCCGGGGCCUUCAACGUGGAGUACGACAUGGUGUACGUCAACCGCGUCGCGGGCGCGGACUGGAACGUUUGGAACCGCAACUGGACGCUGGCGCAGGAGUCGUUCGUGCGGCUCAUCAACGAGGCGGACUUCAAGAUCGCGUCGAUCGACCGGCCGCUGGACCAGGAGCACAUGGACCGGAUCCGCGAGGACCGGCGCGACAACUACCACGUGAUCGGGGACCUGGCGUGGGGGGACUGGCUGGGCUUCAUCCAGAAGUGCCGCAUGCUCUUCGUGCCCAACGUGCACGACGCGUCGCCGCGCGUGAUCACCGAGGCCAUGUCCGUCAACCGCCCCGUGCUCAUGAACUGGUACAUCGUCGGCGGGUGGAAGUACAUCGAAGAGUCCACGGGGGAGUUCUUCUACGACGAAGACGACGUGGUCGCCGCGGCCACGCGCCUCAAGGAGCGCUUCGAGGCCGGGAAGACCAACCCGCGGAGGUACGUCGAGGAGAACAUCGGGUACCGCCGCAGCGGCGCGCGCCUGCGCGCCUUCCUGGAGCUCGCCGUGGGGCCCGAGAGGCUCAAGAACGCGAAACGCGACGCCAUCAAGCACGGCCUGCGACCCAUGGGCACCGCCGACUAG